AGCCCGCGGCGGCUGGGGGUUCACUGCGCUGGGGGCCCGGCUUUCGGGCGGACGCUGCGGGCCGGGCAGGGCCGGGAGGGGAGGCAGCGGCAGGGCGCGCACAGAGCCUGCGACGCGGGCCCUGCAGCCCCCGGCGUCGGGGCCGCAGCCUCGGCCCUCCGCGCGCCCCUCGCGCCAGGUUGCUGCGCCCAGGGCGCACGGUGGCGCGGGACUUGGCGCCGGCCGCCAUGGAGCCGGCCCCCUCUGCCGGCGCGGAGCUACAACCCCCGCUCUUCGCCAACGUCUCGGACGCCUUCCCCAGCACGGGUGCCAACGCGUCGGGGCCACCGGGCGCCCGGAGCGCUUCGUCCCUCGCCCUGGCUGUCGCCAUCACCGCGCUCUACUCAGCCGUGUGCGCCGUAGGGCUGCUGGGCAACGUGCUCGUCAUGUUUGGCAUCGUCCGGUACACUAAGUUGAAGACAGCCACCAACAUCUACAUCUUCAACCUGGCCUUGGCCGAUGCGCUGGCCACCAGCACGCUGCCCUUCCAGAGCGCCAAGUACCUGAUGGAGACAUGGCCCUUCGGGGAGCUGCUCUGCAAGGCCGUGCUCUCCAUUGACUACUACAAUAUGUUCACCAGCAUCUUCACGCUCACCAUGAUGAGUGUCGACCGCUACGUCGCCGUCUGCCACCCUGUCAAGGCUCUGGACUUUCGCACACCUGCCAAGGCCAAGCUUAUCAACAUCUGCAUCUGGGUCCUGGCCUCGGGUGUUGGGGUCCCCAUCAUGGUCAUGGCUGUGACCCGACCCCGGGAUGGGGCAGUGGUAUGUAUGCUCCAGUUCCCCAGCCCCAGCUGGUACUGGGACACCGUGACCAAGAUCUGCGUUUUCCUCUUCGCCUUCGUGGUGCCCAUCCUCAUCAUCACCGUGUGCUACGGCCUCAUGCUGCUGCGCCUGCGCAGUGUGCGCCUGCUGUCGGGCUCCAAGGAGAAGGACCGCAGCCUGCGGCGCAUCACGCGCAUGGUGCUGGUGGUGGUGGGCGCCUUUGUGGUGUGUUGGGCCCCCAUCCACAUCUUCGUCAUCGUCUGGACACUGGUGGACAUCGACCGACGCGACCCACUCGUGGUGGCCGCGCUGCACCUGUGCAUCGCGCUGGGCUACGCCAACAGCAGCCUCAACCCCGUGCUCUACGCCUUCCUCGACGAGAACUUCAAGCGCUGCUUCCGCCAGCUCUGCCGCUCGCCCUGCGGCCGCCCGGAGCCCAGCAGCUUCAGCCGCGCGCGGGAAGCCACGGCCCGCGAGCGCGUCACCGCCUGCACCCCAUCCGACGGCCCUGGCGGUGGCGCCGCCGCGUGACCAGGCCGGCUCGGCCCCGCGCGCACCCCUCCGCAGUGACCCGGCGGCCACACCGACCCCCGUGGGCCACGAUCCGGAAUGGGGC